UUUAAAAAAUAAAAACAAAUGUUUAUGAUUACAUAAAAUAAUAAUUAUUAAUUUUGGAAUUAGAAUUAGGAAGACGUAAAAAAUUUAAUGUGUCGCUUUUAAUUAUAACGUUGUAUUGUUGUUCGUGAUGAUCACUUAUAAUGACUGACAAGUAUAGUUGGUUAAUAUUAGGAUAUUUAGUGACAAAUCUGCUAUGUUGUCACGCGGCAAUGAAUGCAAAUAUGUCGAGAAACGACGGUGGAGGAUUAAAAAACGAUUCAUUGUUGGAAAAUGAUCCAGAACUUAACUAUGUUCCGUCUGGGCCGCUGGUCAUGUGCUCUUUUUUGCCAAUGGAGUUCAUUGAAUGUGAAGACUUAGUUGACUUAAAAGGAAACAAAACAAGAGAUGAUACCAUGACAGGUGGCUGUUCUAAGUAUGGCGGUAGUUAUAGAUAUGAAGAUGUAGAAAAAACAACAGUUCAAUGCAUGGUUUUACCUGGUAUAGAAUGUCACGGAAAUAGGAAAUUCAACAAGAAAGGAUUUCCAUGUGUGAAAUAUGGUGGCUAUUAUUUCCUAACUACUCUACUUUAUUCAAUAUUACUUGGAUUCCUUGGUAUGGACAGAUUUUGUCUAGGACAAACUGGAACAGCUGUUGGAAAAUUAUUGACACUUGGUGGUGGUGGUGUCUGGUGGAUACUGGAUGUUAUUUUGUUAGUCACUAAUCAACUUUUGCCUGAAGAUGGCAGUAAUUGGAAUAUUUAUGUUUAGCUGAGAAACUCUUUUUGUAACUUUCAUAAAAUAAAACUAAUACUUGUACCAAAAA